AUGUCUUCAGAUCAAGACUUUGUUGAUAAAUUGUUCAACGCAAGUUUCAAAUUAGCCAAAAAGAGUAUAGAUAUAGCUGAUAGUACCACGCAUUCAGUAAUAAAUUCGAUUGGUAAUAUCAAAGAUAAAGUUUUCGAUUCCUCAAAUAUAGAUGUUUUUCAACCAGAAACAGUUCCGACCACCAAGGGAAUCUUUUCCGGAAUCCUUCCAGGUAUCAACUCAAUCGAACCAAUAAAAGAAAAUUGGAUGUAUGGAUUGAGUAUUUCUGCAACAGCAUUAUUAAUUAUAUGGAAAUGGAAUAAAUUACUAUGCCUACCAGAUCAUAUCCCUCAAAAUGAGAACAUGUGUGUGUUGGUGUUAGGUGAUAUGAGUGACCCUAUUAUUAGAUCGCAAGUAAUGGAUCUUUACAGAAGAAGAUUUACCGUGUUUAUUUGUUCUGAAAAUUCAUCUAGUUUCAAACAAUUUGAAGAAGAAACCGAUUUUAUUCAUCCAAUCAAUCCUGCAUCACCAAGUGAUUUGGCGUUCUUUACGGAAUUUAUUACUCAAGGAAGUGAACCACCGAGGAAGUUAGCAUCAAUCCUUUUUAUGCCAAAUUUAUCUUAUCAACCCACAGGUGAGUUACCUGUUGAAAGUAUGCAACAUGAAUUGAAAACAAAUAUUUUAACUUAUUAUAACACGCUAAUAAAAUUGAUACCUCAUUUACCUAAUUCAAAUACUCAAAUAAUAUUGUUCAAUCCUUCAUUGACCUAUAAUUUGGGAACUACUCAUCAUACCACUGAAUUAUUCAUAUCUGGAUUUAUCACAUCAGUUUUUAAGGCUCUAAAAAAUUACAAGACAUUAAGCAUUUCUAUGGUAAAUCUCGGACUAUUCCAAGUGAGGGGACAAUUAUCAAAUUACAAACAUAUGCGCUUAACGGGUAAAGAUAUAUCAUGUGGUUUACAUACUCCUAUCUAUAAGAUGAUAAUGAGACAUAACGGUAAUUUAUUACAACAAUUUGUAGAGUGGUUAUCGACAUGUGGGGGCAAAUAUCAAAUCUAUUACCUUGGUAAGUUUAGUUAUUUAUCAACCUUGCCUUUUGCUCCAUUCUUGAUGAAAUUCCAAAUUUCCAUUGCAUCAUCUUUCAAAUUUGCCAGAAAAUUCAUAGCAGAUAAGUUAACUGUUCUUAACUAA